AUGAAAGAUCUGUUUGAUUAUUUUAAAAAUUACGACAGUAUUAAAGGUAAAAAAUCUACGGAUGGUAACAAGCAUGAACAAUGUUGUAAGUACCUUACUUAUAUAAACGGACUAUACGAAAAGAAUAUAUCUAAUUGUUGUGUCUGUUUUCAGGGUGCGGAUAAGUGCAGGGAGGAUUGUCUACAUUAUUUUCAAUGUGAUCAGUUGUAUAACCCGCACAAUCUCUAUGAUGAAUUUAACUGCAGUAGUAAAAUACCAGGUACACCAUUUAAGAAGGUAAAUUUACCUGAGGCCAUUGAUUUUUAUUCCAAAGACAUAACAGAAAAGUCAAAGAAAAAAGAGUAUUUAACGAGAGUUAAUUAUUUUACACCUACUAGUGCGCAAGACAUGCGGGAUAGAAUGCCAAAAAUAUUGGAUGGCAUGUCACACACCUUGGAUAAUACACUAGAAUCGGAUCCUUUCUACACUAUAGUGUUAGGCGCUUUUACUCUAUUGGGAAUUUUAUCCGUUUUUUUCAUUUUUUAUAAAGUAAUUAAAAAUAGCCUGUUAAAAGAUAAUUUACCCCUGUUGGAUCCUUGUUUCACAGAAAAAAGUCAAGGCGAAACAGAGAGAUCUACGAUUUUCAUGAUGUGUAUAUGGGAAGACCACUACAUGAAGAAUUAG